AAUCUAUAAACAAAAACUGAGAUGGAAGGGCUGUCAUCAAAUUUGGAUGUAUACAGGAUCCAGUUGAAGAACAAAACCGAAGUAACCAUGUUUAUAUUGAUGGGUUUCACAAAUGAUUUUGACAUACAAGUCUUCCUAUUUUUAUUAUUUCUAGCAAUCUAUAUUUUUACUCUGGUAGGAAAUUUGGGAUUAAUUGCAUUGGUCAUUGGGAAUUCCCAGCUCCACAACCCGAUGUACUAUUUCCUGAGUGUUCUGUCAUUCUUGGAUGCCUGCUAUUCUACAGUUGUCACCCCCAAAAUGCUGGUAAAUUUCCUGGCAGAGAAUAAAUCCAUUUCUUAUUAUGGUUGUGCAGCUCAGAUGCUUCUCUUUGUUACAUUUGGGACCACGGAAUGCUUUCUCUUGGCUGCCAUGGCCUAUGACCGCUAUGUGGCAAUCUACAACCCUCUCCUGUACUCGGUGAGCAUGACACCCAGGGUCUAUGUGCCGCUCAUCAUUGCUUCCUAUGUUGGUGGAGUUUUACAUGCAACUAUACAAACCGUGGCCACUUUUAGCCUGUCCUUCUGUGCAUCCAAUGAAAUUAGGCAUGUCUUUUGUGACAUCCCUCCUCUCCUUGCAAUUUCCUGCUCUGACACUCACAUAAACGAGCUUCUAGUCUUCUACCUUGUGGGCUCUAUUGAGAUAGUCACUAUCCUGAUUGUCCUGAUCUCCUAUGGUUUCAUGAUCUUGGCCAUUCUAAGGAUGCACUCUGCUGAAGGGAGGCGAAAAGUCUUCUCUACCUGUGGUUCUCAUCUAACUGGGGUGUCCAUUUAUUACGGGACAAUCUUUUUCACCUAUUUGAGACCAAGUUCCAGCUAUGCUUCAGAGCAUGACAUGAUAGUGUCAAUAAUGUACACUGUUGUGAUUCCCAUGCUGAAUCCUCUCAUCUACAGUUUGAGGAACAAAGAUGUCAAAGAAGCAGCACAAAAACUGUUCAGAUAA